CCUCUGAUUGCUUGUCUGGUUCGUGGCCACUUCUUCCUCGCGAAGAUGACACGACGACACCACCGGUGACCACGCAAGCUCUGUUGCCUUGGUUUGCCCGACAUAUACUGCUCUGGACUAGCUGCCCAGCUGUUCCCGAAAUUGAAUUCCUGCUUUCCUCCUUGCGUUUGCCCUCUGUCAGCAAUCACAUAGUUGUGUGCGCGCUCGCCGCUUUCUUGACCUGAACGGCAUCAUGGCGGACCUGUCUCUGGAGAGCUACUGGCAGCUCCCGCCUCUGUCCAGGACACUGGCGACUGCCACAUUUGCCUUAUCCCUUGCCAUCCACACCGGUCUCCUCCCCGGCUGGUGGUUUGUCUGGGCCCCACGCUUCCUGUGGAUGUUUCCGCCCCAGAUAUGGCGGUUCGCAACCGCGUUCCUGAUCACCGGACCCAAACUCGGCCUGCUCUUUGACACAUACUUUCUCUACUCGUACUUGAGCCAGCUGGAGGUUGGCCACCCGCGAUUUCCCCGCAAGGAGGAUCUCAUCUGGUAUUUGAUGUUUGUCGGCGGAAGUAUCAUGACCAUCAACUACCUGACCGGCUUCGGCUUCGUUGCCUUCCUCCAGGCCCUCAUAGUGGCCAUCUGCUACACCGUGACCCAGGAUCAGCGCGGCAUGAAAGUCAGCUACAUGUUCAUCACCAUUCCUGCCCAGCUCAUGCCCUACGCCAUGAUCCUGAUCAACCUGCUCUUUCCCGGCGGUGUCAUGAACAUGCUCCUGCAGGCUCAGGGGCUCGUCGCCGGGCACUUGUUCGAGUUCCUCACUCGGGUUUGGCCCGAGUACGGCGGCGGCAGCAACCUCAUUCCGACCCCCGCGGUGCUGUCGACGAUUGUCCAGGCCACCGGAUCGAUUCAGGGAAGAGUCACAGGUGGUGGUGGUGCUCGCCCGAGCGACCAGGCGUCUGGCCGCACCACGGGCGCUUCAAGGGGUCCGCUGCCCGACUCAUGGCGGACGCGGGGCCCAGGUCAGCGCCUGGGCUGAUGAUGGUUGCAGAGUAUCAUGUACACAACACAGUAGGAGAGCGUUCAUAGCGAGAGAAUGUAUGAUUGAUGAAAGUUGCC